AUGACUUUGUUCCCCACCAAGUUUGAAAAUGGGAAGAUUGAGUACAAGAUAAGGUACAAGGGGAGAUCAAGGCCAUUCUCUAGAGCCAAGGCCUUGGUGACUUCAGAACAGUCCAGGGACCCAACCAAGCUAAAGGAGCUUCUGUCUCAAGUCCUCACUAUCACCCUUGAUGGUGUCAAAGGAGCCAGCUCGACCGAUAGCUCGAUCGAGUUCCGCAACUCGACCGAGGAACCCAACUUCAAGAAACAACAAGUUCAAGAUGUUGAGAGAGAGGAACCAGCAGAUGCAGAGAGGCAUGUCUCCUCUGAGGAGCGUCUGAAGCGAGAGAUUGAGGGAGGAAAGGAGGACCAAGAAGAGGAAUGA